AGCUCCAGUGCCUGCAGAAGUGCAGCAGCCUCAGCGAUCAGCAUGACCAGCCAGUCUCAGGGAAUCCAGCAGCUUCUGCAGGCAGAAAAACGUGCCAAGGACAAACUGGAAGAAGCCAAGAAAAGAAAGGCAAAGAGGCUAAGGCAGGCCAAAGAAGAAGCCACAGCCGAGAUAGAUCACUACCGCUUACAGAGGGAGAAGGAGUUCAGAAACAAGCAAACAAAUGUAAUGGGCUCCCAAGGUAACCUCUCUGCUAAAAUAGAAGAGCAAACAACAGAAGCCAUCCGAAACCUCACUAGCAGCUACCACAAAAACAUGGAGAGCGUGAUGAAAAAGCUUUUGAGCACUAUAUGUGACAUCAACCCUGAAGUACACCCCAACUUCAGACAUGCAGCUUAAAACCAACUGAAGUGCUGGGAAAAGGGUGGUUGUAAAAAUAAUACAUAAAUAAAAUUUAAAAGCCUUCCUUCAUAA